AUUUCCUCAACGUUCCCCUUUGAUUUCAUUUACAUGCGAAAGACGUGCGCCGUGAAACCUAAUUUUAAUUUGUGGGUAAUUUUUAAGUUUUAAUCAUUAGAUAGUUACUUCAAGUCGGAAAAUACACAAUAUGGCUCAAGGUAAAAUUAACGAUCUCGCUGGCAAAUUUUCCAAAGGCCCUGUCAAAGGUCUAGGUGUGUUCGCUGCUUUCGCCGGAGCCGCCGCUCUUGGGAUCAGUCAAUCCAUGUUCACCGUUGAGGGUGGUCACCGUGCUAUCAUAUUCAGCAGGCUAGGUGGGAUUCAGAAAGAAGUAUACGCCGAAGGAUUGCAUUUCCGACUACCAUGGUUCCAAUAUCCAAUUAUAUACGAUAUCAGAUCACGGCCACGAAAAAUUUCCUCCCCGACUGGUUCAAAGGAUUUACAGAUGGUCAACAUUUCCUUGCGAGUUCUUUCAAGGCCUGACUCACAGGAAUUACCCACAAUGUAUAGACAGCUGGGAUUAGAUUAUGAUGAGAAAGUGCUGCCUUCCAUCUGUAAUGAAGUUUUAAAGUCAGUUGUCGCCAAAUUCAAUGCAUCUCAACUCAUCACACAGCGUCAACAGGUUUCCUUAUUAGUCAGGAGAGAAUUAAUUGAAAGAGCUAGAGACUUCAAUAUCAUCCUUGAUGACGUGUCCAUCACUGAGCUUAGCUUCGGAAAGGAAUACACAGCUGCAGUUGAAGCCAAACAAGUUGCGCAACAAGAGGCUCAACGAGCUGUGUUCGUUGUUGAGAGAGCCAAGCAAGAGCGACAACAAAAAAUCCUGCAAGCCGAGGGAGAAGCUGAAGCUGCAAAAAUGUUAGGAGAGGCUGUAGGAAGAAACCCAGGUUACCUGAAAUUGAGAAAAAUUAGAGCAGCGCAAGCUAUUGCUAGAACUAUUGCCAACUCACCAGCUAACAAAGUUUACCUCAACGGUUCCAGUUUAAUGUUGAAUAUCAGUGAUGCAGAGUUUGAUGCAGCCAGUGAGAAAUUGAAAGGGGCAGGGUCAGGUGUUGGCUCAGUGCAAUAUGAAAGCGAUAAAGGUGUAGCUGGUACAGCCCUCUCCGCAGCCAAACGAAUUUCUCAGUAGGAUCGUCAAGUUUCCUGUCUUUUAGACGCGUGACGUUCAUGUCUCUUCAGUCAGUUUGCUGGGUCUUCAAUUUAGAAUCCAAAUGUCGGUUUUUCUGCAGAAAUCUCCAAAGUUGAUACACCUAAAAAUUUUCUCAGUUCCCCUGAAGCCUUAUCACAUAAAAUCUGUGUGGCACGAUGCUCAAUUUUUGGUUUUUAUUAGGCGCUAUGUUUCCAGCCUGGUUCCUAACAAGUCUUCAGUCACAUGUUUUUUUCUUAUUCGCCCAAGACUGAGGAAUAUUUUCCACACUAAUUUUAGCGUUUUAUGUUUAUUUUCCCCGUUCCUGUACAUGAAACUCCCUAUCAUUUUACACAGGAUUAUUUUAUGCUCUUCUUUAAAUGUCUGUCCAGAAAAUUCUUACCAAAUCGAUUUUAUCACUGUCACUCUCCACUUUUAACGUAUUCCACUUCAUUCAUCAUCUUUUAAUGCAUCUUUGCAACUUCUCAACUAUUAAUCAACUUUUAUUCUCCCCGAAGGUUUACUUUCUCUCCAAAUAAUUUUUUGUUAUUUUUAAGAAUGUCUGCAUGUUGAAUAAAAAAAUCAUAAUCAUAACUGAAAUUGACCAAGUUGUCUUGAUCUGAAGUGUUAUUUGUGAUAUUGAUUUUAGUUAAUAUAAAACAAUCUUUUUCUGUCAAGUGAAUCAACUUACAAAGUAAAACAGAAGAUCCUUCAUCUUGUCUCUUACAUUUUGUUUUGACGUGAAUAUGAAAACUGCUUACCAAUUAGAUGUAAACUCUGAUAAACAAGCCUCAAAGAAAACUUUGAAAGCGACCCACCAAAAA